CGUACGCAAGAUCUCGUGAGGGCGAAAACGCGAGGCUUGGAGGCGCCCGCGCUUCGGCUUCGCGAGAGGAGGAACGCCUCUCCCGGGGGGAGGCCUGAGCGCCGCAGUGCAUGCUGGGGCCGCCUCUCUCUCGGGAAAGCGCGGGACCGAUGAAAGUACGGAUCCCGAGAGGCUGACCGCGCUCUGGGCUCAGAAACGUGGUGGUGUCUCAGUACAGCAAGCUUUUAAACAUGGCAGACUAGAGAAAGUGAAGGGGAAAGUCUAAACAUGAAGCCGCUUCUGACCAUCUGCAGGCUGCUUAGACAUUUAAACAGAUUUUCUGUAAAACCAAGCCCUCUUGUGAGUUUCUCCACUUCCUCUUAUUUGUGCCGCCAGAAGAAAAAGAACCCGUAUGAAACAGUAGACCAAGGAAAGUACUCUCGUUUAGUGCGGUCUGUCUUGUCCAAAGGCCCGGCCCAGACCCCAGAGUCAUUGUUCAAGGAAGACGAUGUUCUCUUCGGUCCUGUGUGUAAGCACAGGGCUCCAGAGAAGAACGAGCCGGCAAGAGUUCCAGAGAACUGGUUUCCUAUCUUCAAUGAACAGAGAAGUGGGAAACCACAUCCCAGGGCUUCUUCGGGUCCCUUGAAGAUCCCUUUGCAAAGACAUGAGACACCCAGUGUGACUCGCAUCCUUCAGCAGACCAUGACACCCGAACAGAGCUUCUUUCUGGAGAGGUGGAAACAACGGAUGAUUCUAGAGCUGGGCGAAGACGGAUUCGCAGAAUAUACUUCAAAUACCUUUUUACACGGCAAACAGUUCCAUGAAGCCUUGGAAAGCAUACUUUCACCCCAGGAGGACUUAGAAAGGAGAGAAGAACACCUCCAGUCUGGCUAUAUCAAAAGUGUUCAGCAUAUUUUGAAAGAAAUCAGUGGUGUGCAAGCCCUGGAAAGCGCUGUUCAGCACGAGGCCCUGAAGUAUGUAGGGAUGCUGGACUGUGUGGCUGAGUACCAAGGCAAGCUGUGUCUGAUUGAUUGGAAGACAUCAGAGAAACCAAAGCCUUUUAUUCAAAAUACAUAUGACAACCCACUACAAGUUGUGGCCUACAUGGGUGCUGUAAACCAUGAUGCCCACUACAGCUUUCAGGUUCAGUGUGGCUUAAUUGUGGUGGCCUAUAAAGACGGGUCCCCUGCCCACCCUCAUUUCAUGGAUGAAGAGCUCUGUUCCAAGUAUUGGGCCAAGUGGCUUCUUCGACUAGAAGAAUAUACAGAAAAACAAAAGAAUCAGAGUAUUCCGAAACCGGACUAGAGACCAGGAUAUUACUUGGGAACAUUCAGCGAAUCUGAGAGUUACAUUAACACAAACUGAAGAUGUAAUUUGUUGGGACAUAUUGCUAGUGAGAAGCCAGAAAGUCCAGAAGUCAGCAGUGAACCAGCUGUAUCACCUCUAUUACGUACCCAGAAGAGGGCACACAGGAUUGACAGUCACCUUGGUGACUUCUGGACUCUCUUGCAGAUCUUUUUGUGUCCCUGGCAGGAUGCCCAGUCUUUGAAUUGAGAUCAGAAGGCAGUGAAGCUUCAUGUGCCAAGCUUGCCCCUAGGGCUCUCAGGGAGGGGGUGAAGAGGGAGAGCACAUCAGCCAUCACCACUGUAACAGCCCUAAGAGGUGUUUGUACAGUAGGACUCUCACCAGUAGGGGAAACUUCUUAACAUUGAGUUCAUUCAUACAUGAUCCUCUGGCCCAGAGAAAGCCUGGCCACACACAGCAUGGGCCAAAUCCUUUUCCAUACCAGAUAAGCCCCAGAAGUGGUCACCAUUGUUAGGGUGUAGUAUCUGUUUCUGGUGUUAGUCAGCAGGCCAUAUACUAGAAAAACACUGUUGUGGGAUUUUUCAGCUAAGAGCAACACUGAUAUAAUUAAUCCAUUUUUUUUUCUGUGUUUGGUAGGUAAUCAUUGGUUGUCCUUGGAAUUGAGAAAGAUAAAUAAAUGCCAUUAUUUUCUUGGGA